AUGGUUGACGAAACUCGGUCGAGGGCCUUCAUUCUAAUGGUUAGCAUGUGCUGGCAGAUAUUUUCAGAGACUGUUUCGAUCCAGAUGAUAAUCAUUUGCCAAUGGGCUUUUGGAAAACACAAAGACGAUAUCAAUAGAAUUGACCCAGCGUUACUGGCAAAAAGUCUCAAGAUCAGCAUCCUGCUCCUUUACAUCAAGGUCUUCAUCCAGCCGUGGUUUAGGAAAACGUGCUGGACAUGUAUCGGCGUUAUCAUUGCGUUUACCACGGGUACUGUCUUCUCAAGCAUUUUCCAAUGCACUCCGGUGCACUAUGCCUUUAACAAAACGACCCCUGGCGGUGGGAAAUGCCUUAAUCUUACUGCAUUUUGGUAUGCCAAUGCUGCAUUUAAUAUCUUGAGCGACGCCGUCAUCAUUGCCCUCCCAAUUCCAGUGAUUUUCAAACUGCACUCACCUACCAGAACCAAGAUUGCAGUUUCCAGUGUAUUUGCUGUUGGUCUAUUCGUCUGUAUAACCUCCGUUCUUCGCUUCACCACCCUCAACGUGGCAACGUCGCAUCUAGACACUCCCUGGACCAAUAUCGGUUCUUCCAUGUGGACGGUAAUUGAAACCAACCUUGGCAUCAUCUGCGCCUGUAUGCCUACACUUUGGCGUCCAUUAUCACGCUUCUUCCCUUGGCUUUCGUCUCAGCUCACGAACAAAUAUGGGACGGGCCAAAGUAUGGCGAGCCAAGGACAUGCCUCGAACAAGAGAAGAGCGAACCCUGCCAGCGCAAGGGAGGUAGCUGGGUAUUGGACAAAAAUUGAGUCCAGUGAUGAGCAGCUGGCACGGGAUUACGGGGUGUAUUCUGGUGCUGAAGGUGACAGGAAGGGUGCAUCGGAGGAUAGCGGGCGUUUCGCGGAUGAAACCGCAAUCAGGAAGACCACUCAGGUCUCCGUGCGGUACUGUGAAGACGAUAUUCAAGAUCAUCCUGGACAUGGCGAACUGGACAUAGAGAUGAGACGAGUAGGCUGA